AUGGUUAAGUGCUACAAUAAGGGGGUGGGGUUUGAGUUAACUGGUACAAACAACGAGGAAAGGAAUUGUCGUCUUCAUCAGGUCGACAAAGAAACAAACGAACAAAAGGAAAAAUCGAGAAUCUCCGAUGUGGCUGGGAGAUCAAGAGAAAGGGCAGGCGUCGACCUCCAGCGACCCUCAUUGGUUCAAUCUCCGUCUGAUCGGGUGGGAACGAAAUCAGCAAAUGAGGUGGUUUGGUGGGAUUUAACAGAUCACAAGGAGCGAAUAGUUGAUCCUCCACAAGCCUUCAUCUUCGCCCUGGUCAUCGUCUUCAUCUUAUUGGAAUGGAAAUCGAAAGAAGUGGUCAAAAGAGGUGGUCUGGUGACUAAAAUCGAUGAAGAAGAAGGGUUGUUGGAUGUUCCGACGGCGUCUGUUCGUUUCCGGCUAACGCGAAAGGGGAAUGGAGGACUUCGGCCCUCAAAUGUUUGA